GACGAUCAAACAAACAGUUGCUUGUGAGUCAGUUGACACAGCGCGCAUCGGUUGACACAGGAUCGUGUUUACAUAUUGUCGAGAGAAAGCAGGUCAAGAUCCGUUAAUUUCUUUCGAAUCGAUUGUUAUUGACAACAUGGACAGUAUUUUGGUCUUGCUCUUCAGUGUUUUUCUUGCUUUUUGGUUUGCGAAUGCAAUUGAUGACAACGAGAGGUUCGACUGUACGCCAGGCAUUGAACCCAACGAAGCUACUUGCAGAGGCCGUGGAUGUGUUUGGAAAGACUCGCUCAGCAACACAACUGGUGUCCCCAAGUGUUUCUUCCCAACCAGCUAUGGGUACAAUGCGACUUCAAGGAUCAUGCGUACAUCGUUUGGCAAGUACGUCAUCCGACUUCAACGCAUCCAGACACCCCAGAUCUACACUGAUCACUCCGAGAAGGUCUUCGUCGUUAUCCAUUCAUUCACGAGUCAUUUGCGUAUCAAGAUUGUAACGUUGCCAGCACGUUAUGAAGUACCGGUUACUUUGUUCGAAGGAAUGGAAACAGAGCCUAUAAACAAGGACAAUGAAAUUUACACAGUAGACAUGAACCGGACACCUUUUGGGUUAAUCGUCAAUAGAACAAAGACAAACAGGCCGUUGUUUGAUUCAUCUGCUGGUCCACUCAUUUUUGCUGAUCAGUUUCUACAAAUGUCUACAAAACUACCAAGCAAGUACAUUUACGGUUUUGGUGAACAUGAGCACGAGAGCUUUCUUCAUGACGUCAAUUGGAAAACAUACGGAAUGUUCUCAAGGGACCAGUACCCAAAGCCCAAUGCGAAUUUGUAUGGCCACCACCCGUUUCACAUGGUGAUGGAAGAAGAUGGCAAUGCUCAUGGUAUUCUUCUACUCAACAGCAAUGCAAUGGAUGUUACGUUACAGCCCUUGCCAGCGCUUACCUAUCGUACAAUUGGUGGAGUUUUGGAUUUCUACAUGUUUUUUGGUCCAACGCCCGAAGAUGUGGUGAAGCAGUAUACCUUGGCUGUUGGUAGGCCUUUUAUGCCGCCAUAUUGGAGUCUUGGAUUUCAGCUAUGCCGAUGGGGAUACAACAGUUUGGAGCGUGUUAAGAACAUAACGCAAAAGAUGAGAGAAUAUGACAUCCCACAGGACGUUCAAUAUGGUGAUAUUGAUCACAUGGAUAGGCACGUUGAUUUUACAUUUAACAAGAAAAAAUACGCAGGCUUGCCUGAUUUUGUCCGUGCAAUCAAGAAUGAUGGUCUCAGGUACAUAAUCAUUUUGGACCCAGCUAUAAGUGCCAAUGAGACAAAGCCGUACAAUGCAUAUGACUAUGGUGUUCAAGAUGACGUAUUCAUGAAGAAUGAGGACGGGACAACACUUUUUGGGAAGGUUUGGCCAUACUACCCUAAUGUUACUAUUGGAAUUGAUUACAACUGGGAGAAUCAGACAAAGUUCUUCAGAGCCUACGCCGCCUUUCCAGAUUGGACUCAUGCCAACGCAACAAAAUAUUGGAGUAAAUUAGUGGACGAACAUCGAUCUGUUAUCAGAUUUGACGGUCUUUGGGUGGACAUGAACGAACCUGCAAAUUUUAUCACCGGUCGUGUUCAAGGUUGUCCCAACAACACAAUGGAGCAUCCGCCAUAUUGGCCAACUUUGGUAGCAGAGUCUAAACCCAAAACCCUUGCAGAAAAAAGCACUUGUAUGAGUGCAAAGAGCUACCUUGGUAAAAAACAAUACAAUUCACACAGCCUCUACGGCCUAAUGCAAGCAAAGGCGACAUUCGAAGCCCUGAACACAACGCAAGGCACGAGACCAUUUGUCCUUACUAGGUCAUCCUAUCCGUCUGCCGGAAAAUACGCUGGCCAUUGGCUUGGUGACAAUCUAAGCGCGUGGGGUCAGAUGCACAAGUCAAUAAUCGGAAUGCUGGAGUUCGGCCUGUUUGGAAUACCCUAUAUAGGUGCAGACAUUUGUGGCUUCAGAGAUGAUACCACUGAAGCUCUUUGUCGCAGAUGGACACAGCUGGGUGCCUUCUAUCCGUUUGCUAGGAAUCACAAUUCUUUCUGGGCAAAGCCUCAAGAUCCUCCACACUUUGGUGCUGAGUUUGCUGGAGAAACCCGAUAUAUUUUGCGCAUUCGCUACACGCUUUUGCCGUACCUAUACACUCUAUUUUACGAUGCACACACAACUGGGGCCACCGUGGUUAGGCCCCUUAUGCACGAGUUCACAAAUGAAAUUGAAACGUGGGCUAUCGACAAACAGUUCUUGUGGGGAUCAGCACUCUUGAUAGUCCCAGUCUUGGAUCAGGGUGCCACCUCAGUAAAAGCCUAUUUCCCAAAGUCUCGUUGGUUCAGCUAUUACAACGGUGAAGAGCUUCAUAUUCGUGGUGCUCGUCAGUUUGAUAUGGAUGCCCCUGAAAACUUUAUCCCGUUGUUUGUUCGUGGGGGAUUCACGAUCCCAACGCAAGAACCUGCCAACAAUACGAUGUUCAGUCGUAAGAAUCCUUUUGGACUGUUGAUUGCAUUAAACGGUGAUGGCGAUGCUAAUGGCUCUUUAUUCUGGGAUGAUGGCGAAUCAAAAGAUACUAUUGCGGCUGGUAAAUACCUCAAAGUUUUGGUGAGCUUCAGCCAGCACCAUAUAAAAUGGGAAGUUGUGAAAAAUGGUUAUAGCGUUGCAGACAACUUGCAUCUGUCGUCUAUUAAAGUCAUGGGUAUUUGUGGCAAAGGCAUCGAAAAGCUGCUGGUCAAUGAAAAAGUUGAAAACGGAAAGGCAACUUUCAAUUCGACGAGUCAGGUUCUACAUAUCAUGAAUCUAAAGCUGCAGCUCACAAAACCGCAUAGUUUAAAACUUGAGAUGAAUAUGAAGAAUGUCAAAUGCCCAUAUAAAAUUCGCAAGACGUUCUCCAAAGGAAAGCAAAUUUCCUCAUCUGUUUCUGCAGUGAUUUUAACUACUUUGCUUUGCUUCUUAUCAACUCUGUUUUAAAUCAAAUUCAUUCACCCGACAUAGAUAGAAAUCACUUGCAAGAGUAGUCUAAUAUUUACGGCAAUAUAUCGCAAAGUGAGUUACCUACUAUUGGAGUUACAUGAAUAAAAGCCGCUGGUUUAGCGCAAACGGCUUAUAUAGUAGAAAGAACUCCAUAAAAAAAAUUUUUAGAUCCCAAAGUAGAUUUUUGCAUUAGCAACUGUUUUUCAUUUCAUUUUAUAAUUCUUUAUCCACGAUAUUCUCUUCAGCUUUAUCAACGUUACUUAAACAUAUAUGUUGCAUAAAAGAAUUCCAUAAUUCUACAGAGCUUAACGAAUAAUAAAUAAACAAAUUAGUAUUAUCUGUAGACAUGAUUUAGCUGCCCUUCCAGGUGUUAGUAGUUUUAGCUCUUUUUACAAAUUUUAGCUUUUAAAUGAACAUUUGUUAUUACAGUUUUUGCGAUGUG